AUGGUGGACGUGGACCGCCGGAUGGCAGGCCUGUCCUCCCCGGCGGCGCACGCAGCCGGGCUGCGCCGCCUCUCCACGCGCGCCGCGGCGGGGCCCUCGUCGGCGUCCGCGUCGCCGCGCCACGGGCUCCACUCCUUCAGCGCCCUCGCGUGCGCGGUGCUGUCACACCUCCGGGCGUCCGGGGUGGCGGUGCUCCCGGGGCUCACGGACGCGGAGCUGGCGCGAGCCGAGGCCGAGAUGGGCUUCGUCUUCCCGCCCGACCUGCGCGCGGUGCUGGCCAUGGGGCUCCCCUCCGGCCCGGGGUUCCCGGACUGGCGCACGCGCGCGGGGCUGCGGUCGGCGUUCGACCUGCCCAUCGCGGCGGCGUCCCUGCAGAUCGCGCGCGGGGCGCUCUGGCCGCGCUGCUGGGGCCCCAGGCCCGCCGACCCGGACCGGGCGCUCCGGCUCGCCCGCUCCGCCAUCCGCCGCGCGCCGCUGCUCGUGCCGCUCUUCGACCGCUGCUUCCUGCCCUGCCAGCCCUGCCUCGCCGGCAACCCCGUCUUCUUCGUCACCGACGACCGCGUGCUCUGCUGCGGCCUCGACGUGCUCCACUUCUUCACCCGCGACUCCUCCUUCCAGCCCGUGCCGCCGGAUCUGCGGAUCCCCUCCUCGUCGUCCUCCGCCGCUGAGCCGUCACCGUACACGCGCCGCAGCCUCGACGCGGCCUGCGGCGGGCAGUCCCCGCGCUGGAUCGAGUUCUGGAGCGACGCCGCGUCCGACCGGCGCCGCCGCGACUCGUCCUCGUCCGAGGCCUCCACGGCGUCGUCCUCCUCCUCCGGGUGCUCCUCGCCGCCCGCGGCCGCCGCCAGGAUGUCCAGGACGCCGCACUGGGUCGACAGCUACCUCGACAGGCUCGGGUCCGUGCUCAAGGAGGGCGGGUGGAGAGACAUGGAGGUGAACGAGAUGGUCGAGGUCACCGCCUCGGGGCUCUUCGACGGCGAGGAGGCGCCGGCGGUGGACACCGACGCCGUGCUCGACGCGCUCCUGCUCAAGGCCGACCGCUGCUCCGACUCGCUCCGCCGGGCAGGGUGGAGCUCCGAGGACGUGUCGGACGCGCUCGGGCUCGAUCUCCGCCGAUGCAAGGAGAGGUCGAGGCCCGCUGUAAGGGUGCCGCCGGAGAUCGCCGUCAAGGUCGAGCGGCUCGCGCAGUCGGUAGCGAGGCCGUAACCUCGCCGCCGGAAGACCCACUGAUCACACCUGGCCGUUCUCCGUGAGAAAAAGUUCGCUCUUUUUUCCCUGACUUUUUCAGUAUACAAGGAAAGAAUACCUGUAAGUUAAGAAAGGAAAUAAGCAUUAACACCAUGAUCACGUGCA